AUGGCUACCGAUAACUGGGCUUCUGAAAUGGCGUCUAUCGACGCCCCGGCCGUCGUCGUUGAUGCUCCUGAGGUUUUUCGCCUCAUUAUUUUCUCCAAUGUCUUCUAUUAAGGUCAAUCUUUUUGGAAAGUGGUCUCUGCAUAAUGUCAAUGUUUCUGACAUUUCCCUUGUCGACUACAUCGCCGUUAAGGACAAGUCAGCUAAAUAUCUUCCCCACUCCGCUGGACGCUACCAGGUAAACAAUAAUCAGAAGCGUUCACCUUUUUAUUCUGUAUCUUUAGGUCCGUCGGUUCCGCAAGGCGGCUUGCCCCAUUGUUGAGCGUCUUGCCAACUCUUUGAUGAUGCACGGUCGCAACAACGGAAAAAAGCUCAUGACUGUCCGAAUCGUCAAGCACGCUUUUGAGAUCAUCCAUCUUCUCACUGGCGAGGUAUCCGGUUUAUUUUUUCAACGCUCUGGAAUAACCCGAAAGUCAUCACAUCAGUUUAGCCCGUGCGGAUUGGCUUAGUGUUGUUUCGUUAAUAACGAGUUUUUUGUACGACAAAAUAGACAAGUUGGACAACAAAAUUCGAACGUUCAAUAAUACAAAUUUAGUUGCAACAAUAAGGUUUUUGCAAAAGCCAGCAAGUUUUAAAAAAUGGCCUUAUUUGCAAAAUACGUCUUUAGUAAGUAAAAAGUCGUUUUUUUCUGCAAAUUUUUAUCUAAUAGUGUCGGAAAUAGCCUUGUUCCUUUUCAUAGAUUGAAAAAAAAAUAGUCUAGUAUGGCCAGCGGAGACGGCGCAGUGCGAACCGGACGGGACUCUGUAGGUCUAAACUGGUGUGUCAAGUUUUGUUCAAGUAUUUUGGCGGUCACAAAUUUUUUGUUUAAAAUUAAUACGCGAAAAGGCAUUUCGGAAGCCAUUUGAAAGUUUGAUGCCUUGUUCAUGCCGUGUUUAAAGUAAUUUCGCGAAAUGCAAAAUUAUCUGUAUCUCUCCAAAGUUCAGUUAUCUUUUCCCUUUUAUGAAGGCUAUUUUGGACUUCGCAGAAUCACUUUGAACAUGGCAUCAAAGUAAUUAGCGCGAAAUGAAAACUCUGACUGUUCUAAAUUCAGUUAUUCCUUUCUCUCUUUCUCUCUCUCUUUGACUUUUGCGGAAUCACUUCAAACACGGCAUGAGCGCUACAAGGAUAUAGCGACUUUAACGGUCGAGUUAAAUUUUUUUAAAUUUUCCAAAUAAGUCCAAAUUUUGAAUAUCGCCCGUUUAAGUCUACUUUUAUAAUCCAGAUUUAUUCAUAACUCAAAUUUAAAAUUUUGCACGUUUUGUGAAAUUAAGUCAAACUAAAAACGGCUCAAUUUUGAAAUCGCCGAAAUCAGUUUGGUCACGAAAGAUAAACACAUUGCUAAAACUUUUUUCUAAUGGCGGGUUCAUCGGAGAAACGGAACAUGCUUCAAAACGAAAAAUGGUGUUCACCGGCGAGCCAAAAUUGCUUCAAAACAGUACUAAUUUUUGUGUUGGAGCAAUUUUUCGCGUUUCAAAGCAAUUUACGUUUUGUUCGAUGAACACGUAAAGUCAUAAAGUUCUCGAGAUGUAGAAUCGUUUCCUGUUCCACAUAUGACUGUAGAAAACCAGAAAUUCAAGGAGCCUUUUUAAAAUUUUUGAAGAAUUUGAAUUUUUGUUGAGAAUGAAGGAUAGCUUUUGAUCACUCGACCGUGAAUUGUGGAUACAUUACCUAUUUUUUCGACUGAAUUAAUUUCUGUCAGUUUCAAUGAAAAAAAAAUCCUCGAAGUAAUGAUUUCAUGCCGUUUUCAAAGUAGUUUUCGCGAAUUUUAAAUUUAUCGCUGGCACAAAACUAGAUAUCUUUUUCCCUCUCUGUCGCUAUUUCGAGUUUCGCAGAAUCACUUUGAACAUAGCAUUGAAUUUUAUUAUCAUUUGAUAUUAAUUAAACCUCCCUGAAGAACCCCGUGCAAGUCCUCGUCAAUGCUGUGAUCAACAGCGGUCCUCGAGAAGACUCUACCCGUAUUGGACGUGCCGGUACCGUCCGUCGUCAAGCCGUCGACGUUGCCCCACUCCGUCGAGUAAACCAGGUUUUCUCUCCACAUUUCGAAACUCUAUUUAAAUAAUGAUUCUAGGCUAUGUGGCUUCUGUGCACUGGCGCUCGUGAGGCUGCGUUCCGCAACGUGAAGACCAUUGCCGAGUGCCUGGCUGACGAACUUAUCAACGCCGCUAAGGGAUCUUCUAACAGCUACGCCAUCAAGAAGAAGGACGAGCUCGAACGUGUUGCCAAGUCCAACCGAUAA